AUGGAUGAUUAUGUAUAUGACUCAAAUUUUACAGAAGAAAUAAACAAAAAAAUGCAAGUGCCUAAAAGCAUAAAAGUUAAUGGUGAUGUCUCUAAUUUCCGACCCACAAAUUUUUACUCUGACGAAGAUAACCCUUAUGGAGAUAAUUUUGAUAUGCAAGUUCCAGAAAAAAUAAUUCUUUUAGGACAUAACCAACACAAGGGUUCUUCUUCUAAACCUAAAGAAUUUGCAAUUGAUGAUUUAAUUAUACCUCAACCUCCACCAGAAGAAAUACUACGUGUUCAAACACCACCAUCUAAAAUAACUUUGUCAAAGCACUAUUUUCCAACUGUGUUAGAUGAUAUGAAUAGUAAAUAUUCAUCACCUGAUCAAUAUGCUGUUUUUAAUAAUAAAAUAAUGAAUGAUGAUAUUAAUACAGCUGAACAAAAUAAACCAAUAAAUACAAGUUUUUUCAAUACAAGUAUAAGUGAACCGAUGACAUUAUCUGAAGAAGUUGCACAUUUACGCCAACAAAUGAGCAGAGUUUCAAGACGUGUGAUUGAAUUAGAACAUUUAGUUUCACAACCAUUUUACAUUAAAGAAAGAAAGUUAAUUUUAACAUUAGCUUGUGGCUAUUUAGUAUUAAAAAUUACGUCAUGGCUAACUAGGCGUUAA